AUGCACCAGCUACUUUUAUCUGGGUCGGGAGUUGAACAUGAUCAACGACCUGACCCCCGAGCUGGGCAGGAGGAGACGAGCGGCUUGAGGAGCUAUAAGAGCAUCAAGGAUGUAGUGAAGAAGACCAGGAACACCCGGUUCCGUGAUCAUCUCUUCAACACCACCGUACUUGCUGCUUUGACCUAUGCUUUGGAAACCUGGGCAAGCAAGAAGAAAACGUGGUGA